UCAUAUAAGUAUCUCUAUAACAAAAUAAUUACUAAUUUAUAAUGAUGUUACACAGUUAAUAAUUUUUGUAUGCUAUAACGAAGUACAUACACUUUGUUUUUAUACGAUAACGGAGAUCAUCUUGUAAAUAUUGUUAAAAUGGCUAUGUUGUAUCGCGUCUUAAAUUACUUAGGAAAAAAUAUAUUAUCGAUAGGACAAAAUAGAAAUAUAUCAUUAUCUCCAACAACGCGGAUUAAGGAAAUCAUAGAAAAGAAAGAAGGAAAGACAUUAACUAUUGAAGCCGUGAUUAAACCAGACCCAUAUGAAGAGCGGUUCUUAAAACCUAAAAACGGGGCAUGUCCUAUUUGUUCUUCUGGUCUUGACAUUAAACAUACAGAUGUACUUAUCCUAAAUCAAUUUGUUAGAUCAGAUGGAUGCAUAUUACCACGUAGAGUUACAGGUCUUUGCGAGGUGCAACAAAAGAGAAUUAGUUCAUUGAUCAUAAUGGCUCAAUAUGCAGGAUUAAUGCAAAGGAGAGCUCCUGGAGGUGGUUUACUUCAUCCUUUACAAAGAAGGAAAUGGAAAAAAUUUAAUAGCUACUACUGUGAAAGAACUAUUAAAGCUAGAUAUAAGUAAUAGUUUACAAACAGUAUAAUAAAUGAUUGAACAAUAUUAUAGUA